GUCAACUGGUAUCUCCGUUACCGGUGAUUCUCGGGAGUUGUGUGUUACGCAAUGGGUACCAAAGAUGGUGUAUCAAUAGAUCAGAUGAGCGGUAGAAAGCAUGGAAUGAAGAAGUUAAAGUCUAAGAAGAAAGCAAAGGAUGUAGUAGAUGGUACAUCAAUGCAUAAGAUAAGCAAUGAGAAGAAGUUGAAAUCUAAGAAAGCAGAAGCUGAGGAGCAUGAGGAACAACUUAAGAGGCUUCAGGAAACUCAAGCUGAGUUUUUUGAGUAUAUGAAAGAGCAUGAUGAAGAUCUUCUAAAGUUUGAUGCUGCCGAGUUCGAGGAUGAUGCUGAUACUGAUUUGGAAGACACUGAGAAGCAAGGUGUUGAUGAAACCUCCGAGCUGGGAGUUGCAAAGAAAGUAAGCGAGCAGAAAACGAUUACAGCAGCCAUGGUUGAUUCAUGGUGUAAAUCAAUCCGAGAAGACGCUAAGCUAGGGGCAGUGCGUUCUAUCUUGAGAGCUUAUAGAACUGCCUGUCACUACGGUGAUGAUACCGGAGACGACCCAUCUGCAAAGUUCAGCGUUAUGUCGAGUGCUGUGUUCAAUAAGAUAAUGAUUUAUGUUUUGAGUGAGAUGGAUGGGAUUCUUCGGAAGUUGUUAAGGCUUCCUGCAACUGGAGGUAUGAAAGAUACUAUUAUGGAACUGACGAACACAAGGCCCUGGAAGAACUAUAAUCACUUGGUUAAAUCAUAUCUCGGGAACUCACUUCACGUUCUGAACCAGAUGACUGAUCCAGGGAUGAUAUCGUUUACUCUCAGGCGUUUGAAACACUCAUCGGUCUUUCUAUCUGCCUUUCCAAGCCUCCUUAGGAAAUAUAUUAAGGUUGCACUUCAUUUCUGGGGAACCGGAAGUAGCGCCAUCUCUGUUGUUUCGCUGUUGUUCCUGAGGGAUUUGUGCAUACGCCUUGGAACUGACUGUGUGGAUGACUGCAUCAAGGGAAUGUACAAAGCGUAUGUGUUGAAUUGCCAGUUUGUGAAUGCUGUUAAAUUGCAGCAUAUCUCCUUUCUUGGGAACUGCUUCAUUGAGCUUAUCGGUACAGAUAUCUCUGCUUCAUAUCAGCAUGCGUUUGUCUUCAUAAGGCAACUGGCAAUGAUUCUACGUGAAGCGCUCAACACAAAAACAAAAGAAGCAUUUCGGAAAGUGUAUCAGUGGAAGUUCAUCCAUUGUCUUGAGCUUUGGACCGGAGCUGUUUGUGCCUACAGCUCUCAGUCUGAACUCAGACCAGUUGCUUAUCCACUAGCCCAAAUAAUAUCUGGUGUAGCAAAACUUGUUCCCACUGCUCGCUAUAUUCCCCUUAGACUAAGAUGUGUUAGUAUGCUGAACCGGAUUGCUUCUUCUACUGGUACCUUUAUACCCGUCUCAAUGCUUCUUAUGGACAUGUUAGACAUGAAAGAACUCAAUAGACCUCCCACUGGUGGUGUUGGAAAAGGUGUCGACCUACGUACACUACUGAAGGUAAGUAAACCGGCAGUGAAGACAAGAGCGUUUCAGGAGGCAUGUGUUUAUUCUGUAGUGGAGGAACUUGUGGAGCAUUUGACUCAGUGGAGCUAUUCCGUGGCUUUCUUUGAGCUUUCUUGUAUUCCGACCUUAAGGCUGCGUAGCUUUUACAAAUCAACUAAAGCGGAGAGGUUUAGGAAAGAAAUGAAGCAACUCAUUAGUCAGAUUGAAGCUAACUCAGAGUUUGUCAACAAGAAGAGAGCGUCGAUAAAUUUUCAGCCCAAUGAGCCUGCUGCUGCAUCAUUCCUUGAGGGUGAUAAGAAAGCAGGGGAAGGCCCUCUAUCGCAGUAUGCAGUGAUAAUCCGCCAAAGAGCCAAGCAAAGAAACGAAUCACUGGUGGAAUCAGAUGUUAUCGUGGGAGAGGAGUCAGCGGUGUUUGGGAAAAACGCACCAAGCAGCGAUGAGGAAGAAGAUGAAGCAGAUAGGAAUGAAAAGGGUGCUGCAGCUUUCAGUUCCUCCUGGUUACCAGGAAGUAACUCCAAAGAAAAAGAAUUGGAAGAAGAGAAGACAGUUAAGAAGAAACGUAAGAGGAAGAGUAAAACAGAGAAGAAGCAAGUGGAGGAAGGUGUAGGAGAAGAUGAUGUUGUGGAAGAUUUUGUGUUGAGUUCUGAUGAAGAAGACGAGGAUGAUCUGUUUGAUAUAGAAGGAGACAAAGAUGAGGAGGAGGAUGCAGAAGACGAAAUUGCAGAGCCUGAGACGAAGGCAUCUAAUAAGAAGACAAAGGGCACGUAUAAGACGUGGCAUAAGAAUUACAAGAAGACAAAGAAGAAGAAGCCUCGUGUAGCCUAGUCUUUUUUGGUGUUAAAUUCAAUUCUACAAAAUCACCUUUUGUCGGAUAUUUUGAAAAUCAUCAUUAAACAAAAUUUUGGGGAAAAGAAAUGAAUAUCUGCGAAUUUUUCUAGUCUUUAAAACAGAAAGUUUUGGAUGUACAUUGCGGAUAUUGUAUACCAAGUUUAGCAUGCAUGUAUAAGAACAUAGAUG